AUGAACCUAUUUGAAGUGGCUCAUUUCGUACCAGAAAAGCCCAUGUAUGAACAAGGAUUAAUUUUACUUCCCCACCUAGCUACUCUAGGUUGGGGGGUAGGUCCUGGUGGGGAAGUUAUAGAUACCUUCCCAUACUUUGUGUCUGGAGUACUUCACUUAAUUUCCUCUGCAGUAUUGGGCUUUGGCGGUAUAGGUGCUUUUCUUCUAGUAUUCAAGGCUCUUUAUUUUGGAGGCGUAUAUGAUACCUGGGCUCCAGGAGGGGGAGAUGUAAGAAAAAUUACCAACUUGACCCUUAGCCCAAGUGUUAUAUUUGGUUAUUUACUAAAAUCUCCAUUUGGAGGAGAGGGAUGGAUUGUUAGUGUGGACGAUUUGGAAGAUAUAAUUGGAGGGCAUGUAUGGUUAGGUUCCAUUUGUAUACUUGGUGGAAUCUGGCAUAUCUUAACCAAACCUUUUGCAUGGGCGCGCCGUGCACUUGUAUGGUCUGGAGAGGCUUACUUGUCUUAUAGUUUAGGUGCUUUAUCUGUUUUUGGUUUUAUUGCUUGUUGCUUUGUUUGGUUCAAUAAUACCGCUUAUCCUAGUGAGUUUUACGGGCCCACUGGACCAGAAGCUUCUCAAGCUCAAGCAUUUACUUUUCUAGUUAGAGACCAACGUCUUGGGGCUAACGUGGGAUCCGCCCAAGGACCUACCGAUGAGUCUGAUCGCCUGGCAUUGCUCGACUUCAAGAAUCGGAUUACUGAAGAUCCACUUCAAAUCAUGAGCUCAUGGAAUGAGUCCACCCAUUUUUGCAACUGGUUUGGUGUUUCAUGCAACCCCUCCAGUAAAAGAGUCAUGGUUCUGAAACUAAAAGGUCAAAGAUUGGGUGGCACUAUAACACCUUCUUUGGGAAAUCUUACUUACCUUACUGGAAUCAACUUGGGAAAUAACAGCAUCUAUGGUGAAAUUCCUCAAGAAAUGGGAAGACUACAGCGUCUGCAGCAUCUCAAAUUGGGUUUCAAUUCCAUUGGUGGGAACCUUCCGACUAAUCUAAGUCACUGUACACAACUUAGUUUGGUUUACCUGAAUCUUGGUCUGAAUAACCUUACAGGAACUAUCCCAUUGUGGAUAGGAAACUUUUCUUCAAUGUAUGGUCUUUUCCUUGUCUGGAACAAUCUAGAAGGGAGCAUACCAAGCGAGCUUGGCCGUCUAUCGAGCUUGGGAGCUUUUGUACUUUCUGCAAAUAAUUUGUCAGGUACUAUCCCUCCUCCGAUUUAUAAUAUAUCUUCCAUCUACCAUUUCGCUGUUGCUGCGAAUAAGUUGCAUGGAAGCCUUCCACCAGAUGUGGGCCUUACUCUUCCUAACCUUGAAUUUUUUUACGUCGGUCUAAAUAGCUUCACAGGACCUAUUCCCGAGUCAUUGUCAAAUGCUUCUAGACUUAGCAUGCUUGACUUCACUGAAAAUGGUCUCACUGGGACAGUCCCUCAAAAUCUAGCAAAUUUGCGUGCCUUGGUUGAACUUAAUUUUGAAGGAAAUAGACUUGGAAAUGGGGAAGUUGGUGACCUGGAUUUUCUCAGUUUUUUGGCUAACUGUACAAGUUUGGAGAACUUGGGCCUUGGUGGGAAUCAAUUUGGUGGUGUACUGCCCAGCUCCAUUGCCAACCUUUCCUCCCAGCUGAAUACUCUUAUUAUGGGUAGAAAUAUGAUAUAUGGCGGCAUCCCCGAUCGGAUUGGAAACCUUGUUAACUUGACCAUUUUGGGAUUAGAAGAUAAUUAUUUGGGAGGUCCUCUCCCAGAUGCUCUUGGGAAGCUCAGGCAGUUACAGAUACUAGAUUUGGCAGGGAACACAUUUUCAGGGCUGAUCCCUUUCUCCAUAGGUAACUUAACUAAAUUGACAAAGCUCUAUAUGCAAGAGAACAAAUUUGAGGGAAGUAUACCCGCAAGCCUAGGAAACUGCCAAAAUUUGCUUUUAUUAAACCUUUCUAUUAACAAUCUCAACGAUACCAUACCAAAAGAGGUUAUUGGUCUUUCUUCCCUUUCGAUUUCUUUGUUAAUGUAUCAUAAUUCUUUGACAGGUACACUGCCAUUUGAAGUGGGUAACUUAGAAAAUCUUGGUGAGUUAGAUCUUUCUGAGAAUAGAUUAUAUGGUGAAAUCCCUGCUUCUCUUGGUAGUUGUACUAGUUUGGUGAGUUUGCAUUUGGAGGGUAAUUCAUUUGAAGGAACAAUUCCUCUAUCUUUGAAGACACUAAGAGGUUUAGAAGAAAUUGAUCUUUCUUGCAAUAACUUGUCAGGGCAGAUUCCUGAAUUUCUCAGCAAGUUUUUAUCACUUAAGCAUCUUAAUCUUUCUCACAAUGAUCUCGAGGGAAAAAUGCCAAGUGAAGGGAUUUUUUUGAAUGCAAGUGCAAUUUCAAUCUUUGGAAAUGACAAGCUAUGUGGUGGCAUCCCAGAAUUACUUUUACCAAAAUGCUAUAGAAAUGGUCAACGUCCAUCUAUGAAACGCCUUGCACUUAAAGUUGUAAUGCCUGUCAUGUUGGUACUUGUUCCACUGUGUUUUUUCCUCACAUUUUAUAUGGUUAAAAAAUGGAGAAAGAGACCUUUGGUCGCAUCUUCCUUAAAGGAUUGGCGAUUGGCAUGUAUAUCUUAUGCAGAACUCCAAGCAUCAACUAAUUAUUUCUCUGUGGACAAUUUGAUCGGUUCAGGUAGUUUUGGUUCUGUAUACAAAGGAGUUCUUUCUAGCAAUGGAGCAAUUGUUGCAAUUAAAGUGUUAAACCUUCAACAACGGGGAGCUUCCAAGAGUUUUAUUGAUGAAUGUAAUGCUUUGAAAAGUUUACGCCAUCGUAAUCUUCUUAAGAUUAUCACUGCUUGCUCAAGCAUUGAUCAUCAAGGGAACGACUUUAAAAGUCUAGUUUUUGAGUUCAUGUCUAAUGGAAGCCUAGACCAGUGGCUGCAUCCUUUAAAGGAUAAGCAACAUCAUUGUAAGAGAUUGAGCUUUAUUCAAAGAAUAAACAUAGCUAUUGAUGUUGCUUAUGCGUUGGAAUAUCUUCAUCUUCAUUGUGAAACGCCAAUUGUUCACUGUGAUAUAAAGCCAAGCAAUGUCCUCUUCAAUGAAGAUAUGGUAGCACAUGUCGGUGACUUUGGAUUAGCAAAGUUCAUCUUUGAAGCAUCACAUAAUCCCUCCAAAAAUGAAACAUCGUCAGAGUCCUUGUCAAUUGCGCUGAAAGGUUCCAUUGGGUACAUUCCUCCAGAGUAUGGGUUGGGUGGCCAAGUUUCCGUACGUGGAGAUAUUUACAGCUAUGGGGUACUCUUGCUAGAGAUGUUCACUGGAAAAAGACCUACGGAUGACAUGUUCAAAGAUGGCCUGAGCAUUCACAAGUUCAUUGCAAUGGCUUUACCGGAACGUGUCAUGGAUAUAGUGGACUCGUCAAUGCCCUUUGAAGAAAGUGAAGAAGAUGCUGAUUAUGAGACAAAUAACGAUGACAUAGAAGAAGGCGCAAUAAUCGAAGAAGUUGAUCGUCAUUUCAAUGCCAAAAGCAGAGUGGAGGAUUGCUUGGUCUCAGUGUUGCGGAUUGGACUGAUUUGCUCAGCAACAUCACCUCAUGAGCGGUUGCCCACAACUGAUGUCGUCAACGAACUGAGGGCAAUUAGAGACGCAUGCAUUUUGACGUUGUCCAGCGUACAUCACCGAGGACAAACAUAACUACCAAUUACACCACAGGUUAAUAAGAUAACGCCCACCCAAAUGCAUGGUCAAGCUGAAGUUGAAGAAGUCGUUCACAUC